GACUCCUAUCUCCUAAUUUAUAAUCUUCUCUGUAUCAGUGCAUCCAUUCCAGGAAGAUUUUGUUUUUUUUACUAUUUACAGAGAGAGCUCGACGUCGACGAUACAUGAAUGGAGACGAGCAGCGAUUACCAGACACUUGUAGUCAUAAAUGUCAGGAAUAAUUGCCAUUGACUCGAGUCUUUUAAUUUCACCCAGUAGUAACGUUACUUGUGUGCAUUGUGUGUAAACGUUGGAUAUUUCCCCCCAUCUCCUGGCCACAUUUACGGACCUCAUUUUACUUAAAUUGGAGCAGGGCUGGGCGACUUGUCUAGCCAUCAAUUGACUCUGGAGCAGGGUACGGAGGAUAGUAUGGCCAUGACGGGAGGGACUGCAGCUGCCCUUCCCAUGAGCAACCACACCCGAGAGAGGGUGACUGUGGCCAAGCUGACACUGGAGAACUUCUACAGCACUCUGCUAACACAGCAUGAGGAGCGAGAGAUGAGGCAGAAGAAGCUGGAGAAAGUCAUGGAUGAGGAGGGCUUGAUAGAUGAAGAGAAGGUGAUGCGGCGCUCUCAGCAUGCCAGAAAGGAGACCGAGUUCCUGCGUCUGAAGCGGACCCGGCUGGGCCUGGAUGACUUUGAGUCACUCAAGGUCAUUGGCAGAGGAGCCUUUGGAGAGGUCCGCUUAGUGCAGAAGAAAGACACGGGCCACAUUUAUGCCAUGAAGAUCUUGAGGAAGGCUGACAUGCUGGAGAAGGAGCAGGUGGCACAUAUUCGGGCAGAGAGGGACAUCCUGGUUGAGGCAGAUGGGGCCUGGGUGGUUAAGAUGUUCUACAGUUUUCAGGACAAGAGAAACCUAUACCUUAUCAUGGAAUUUCUACCUGGAGGUGACAUGAUGACCCUACUAAUGAAAAAGGACACUCUUUCGGAGGAGGCUACCCAGUUCUACAUCGCCGAGACUGUCUUGGCCAUUGACUCCAUCCACCAGCUGGGCUUUAUCCACAGAGACAUCAAACCUGACAACCUGCUUCUGGACUCCAGGGGGCAUGUAAAGCUCUCUGAUUUUGGGUUGUGUACGGGAUUGAAGAAGGCCCACCGCACAGAGUUCUACAGAAACCUCACGCACAACCCUCCCAGUGACUUUUCCUUCCAAAACAUGAACUCAAAGAGGAAAGCGGAGACAUGGAAGAAGAACCGAAGACAACUGGCCUACUCCACCGUGGGGACCCCAGACUACAUUGCCCCAGAAGUGUUCCUGCAGACAGGAUACAACAAACUCUGUGACUGGUGGUCUCUGGGGGUCAUUAUGUAUGAAAUGCUCAUAGGGUACCCCCCGUUCUGUUCGGAGACACCCCAGGAAACGUAUAGGAAGGUGAUGAACUGGAAGGAGACCUUGAUAUUUCCCCCUGAAGUACCCAUCUCAGAGAGGGCAAAGGACUUGAUUCUCAGGUUCUGUAAUGAUGCUGAGAACCGUGUUGGCGCUGUGAGCGUAGAGGAGAUAAAGAGUCACGCCUUCUUUGAGCCUGUGGACUGGGAACACAUCAGGGAAAGACCAGCCGCCAUCUCCAUUGAGAUCAAGAGCAUUGAUGACACGUCAAACUUUGAUGAGUUCCCAGAAUCUGACAUCCUUCAGCCAGUUGCCAACGUGUCAGAGCCAGACUUCAAAUCCAAGGACUGGGUGUUCUUGAACUACACCUACAAGAGGUUUGAGGGCCUGACUCAGCGAGGAACCAUCCCUACCUACAUGAAGGCUGGGAAGGCCUGAGGAGAGCAGGUCACGGGGACAAUGGGAGAGACAGUGGAGAAACAAUGUGGAAACAGGGUUGGGCCGUUAAUCUCUAUGGUGCUAAAUGCACAGGAUCCUCUGGGUUUUACGCAUUAGGAAGGCCAGAAUUCCAUUCAGCCACCACCGAGGCACUAGACCAUGACGAGCAACAGGGAUAUAAAUAACACGCAUCAUCUUUUGACUUAGGUCUUGCUUGAGCUGUUAAAGGAGAGGUUUUUGUUUUCUGACACUGUUAGAUGGCUCCUCACCCUGAAAACACGGAACUUCUCCUUUAAGUGACUACUAGGCGAAUAAAUCAUAGCGGCAUGUUCACACACUGAUUUGCAGGGUCUAUAACGCUGUGGAAAGUCUCCACCCGCGCACAGGAUAUUUGUUGGGGGAGUGGGUGAUGUUUGCGACCUCAUCUGUUAAUAUAACUGAAGAAAAAGGCAUAUAGUUCAUGUUGAAACCUCUGUUUGCUAAACCGUUUAGAUAUACAUAGUUCAAAGGUUACACAUUUGAUUGGUUCAGCCAAAAGUUUCAAUACUGUUUUAUUCUAGUUACAAUGCAAAUAAUAUUUAUUUCAUCGUGGAAUGUUCAGUGCCAACAUGGAGUGUGUGUUGAGCCAGAUGUACUCGUCUCUAUGGCUGUGGGAUUCAUUCAUUGUGAUAUCCGUUUAUUGCCUUGAUGACCUGGUUUAUUUAUUUACCCGGCCAAACAGCAGAACAUUAUAGAUCAAACAUUUAUUUACUGUUGUCAAAUAUGUAUAGGAAAGUGUUGUAUGCUAGUAGUUGAGAUUUGAAACGGUAAUGUAUAAGAUUAGCCUUUGCAAGAUUGAUGAGAACUGGGUGGCAUUGUCAGGUAAAACUUAAAGGCACAAUUUGUAGUAAUUCUUUUUUUCAAAUGCACCGUCCUUAUAAAAGAACCUCUAUAAAGGAACAUAAUGCUCCAAAACAUCAACAAACGUUUACCCAACUUUACUGAACCCCCAUGGUGUGUGAUGUCAAAUAUAGAUAUUUAAAUGUAGUUGUCGAACAUUUCAGCGAGUGUGAUUUAUUUGUGCUGAGGUGGUCAAUCCAGCACAUUUUCGUGUCCAAGAAACAAAAUUGAUCUAACGUUUCCAUCUGGCACAGGUCAAAGCUCAAAGGCCAUGUGGUUGGGAGCAUGUUUCAACAUGUAUGUAUGUCAGCUAAUUUGGCAACAAACAAAUGUUGAAGUCCACAAACGUUUGCAGAACUGACAAAUAGAAAUGACGUUGAUUCAAAUAAAUAAAACAAAGUGGCUAAAAUCUAACAAAUCACUACCAAUUCUUGUAUUUACCCUACUACUAAGUAUUUAAUAAGGGAAAUAAAAGCUAUGUGAGUGUUGUAUGAGUGUUGUAUAGAAAGAGAAAUCUGUUUUAAGUACAUUUAAAAAACGAGUUUCCACCUUUGAGCUCAAAGUAGAAGAUUGUAAUACCUAAAAAACAGUCUAGACUUCCUGGUUGAGCAAAUGGCUUGAUAAGAACCAGAAUGGCACUGAAUGUGCAUAUCUUGACACUGACUGACACGGAGUCUGCUGUGAGAUACUGUGACGAAGCAGGGCCUUAAUCGUCAAUUUGGUAUCACAAAACAGGUGACAAAAAUAUGGUUAAGAAGUAUCUAUGAAAUGUUUGCCAUGCCAAUUUUGAUUUUCAUGGAGGGAAUCUUUUUACUCAAAAAUGUUUUAUUUCUUCCAACAAAUGUGCAUCACAGCAAUCAAGAAUUCAGAAAGAGCACUCACAUUAUUCUCUGUUAGGAAUCGGCUUCAAUGCGCGUGAAGUGCUACAACUUGAAAACUUGAGUGCUGACUUGCACAAAGAUCACUUUUGAGUGCUAUAUCUAACAUGGAACAUGUUAUAAAAACGUGGAAAUUCAAAUGUUGCUGUAAUGGAAGUAGACCCAUACUGCUGUAUCCCUAUUCAAGGCUUUAACUUAUUAAUAUAACUCGAGGAGGAGGGGUAGUUAUGUCAUUUUUCCCCAACUAUUUUGUCUUUUUUUGUGAGAUGUACUAGUGUUUUAAUGUACUCUGUUGACUAUUCCUGUAAAAUGAGAUUGCAAGGAGUAUUUCCCGUGAGAACUAUUUAUCUAAUACAAAAAAAAUGUGUAGCUAAGACUUGAUACUCAAGGAAUACUUAAGAAGGAAGAGUCUUUCACAGCAAAUGGCAGCAUAUUGUCCGAAUAUAUUCAACAUGCGUGUUUUGAAGACUGUUGAACUGAGUGUAUUACAUAUUGUAUAAUUGCAGUAGAUAUUGGCAAUAGAUUGUUUGCUACAUUUACAAUCACUGUAUUUAUGAAAUAGGCAGUCACAGAUUAUACGGAUAAUAAAUGUGUGCUUAUUUUAUUAGGGAAUAAAUGGUACUAAUGGGAA